CAGGAAGCGAUUUGGUCGCGUCAGUUUCCGCAGUUAUUUGAAACCGUAAACAUCUUGUCGUUUGUACAAUGUCAAACCAGAGGUUUUAACAAACACUAAUUAAUAAACAUCAAUCUUCACAUCACAAAGGGCAUUGAGCCAGAAUGGAGCAGCAGGAACAGAGAGAAUGGGAGGCUGUCAACAGGUUGUUACAGCAUCAUGGGUUCAAACCCGUGAGCUUUGCCGAUCCAACCGAGAACAAGAACCUUGCAGAGUUGGUCCUGUUGGACCGCAAGUCGGCGGCAGACGUGCGGAUGAUGUUGAAGACCAUGCUGUCCGAUUCAGAGCGAAGACAAGGGUUGAUUCAAGAAUUGAUUCAGUCCAACAGUCAACUGAAAGAGGAGGUCCAGCAGCAUCAGGCGCAAGCCAUCCGUCAAUCUCAGAGGGCGACCGAGCUGGAGGGCAUCCUGGAUGGAGUGAAGGGCAAAGUUCAAGACCUCGAGGACUCGUACAUUAAUAAAGCUGCUCAACAGCACAGCCAGUUCACUCAGCUCCAACGGGAAAAGAAAGACGCUGAGAGCCGAUGUCACUCUCUGGAGCGAAAACUGUCGCAGGAGAAAGAUGAAAUAUCUCAGCUGCAGAAGAAACUCCAGUACGCUGUGAGAGAAGAGGAAAGACGUGUGGCCCGACAGAACCAGGCCUUUCAACAGAUCCACAGCAGAUCAGCCCGACCCAACUGCACUGUAGACCAGCAGAUUUUGGAUGUCAUUGACGUUUACGAAUCCCAAAUGCAACAGCUGCGAAAUGAGUUUAAAUUGCCUAAAAGCAGCUCUGGAGACUCUUUAAAUUCCCAGAAGAACAAGUCAAGACUGGAGAAAGACCCAACGGACACGUUGUCCAACUACAGGACCCUUUUGAAGUCGUACCAGGAGCAACUGAAGGAGACCAAAGCUCAGCGUGAAGAACUCAAAACUGAAAUCCAGAAGCUGAAAGACGAUCUGGAGUCUAGACCCACUGUAAAAGAGUUAAAGACCUGCAAACAACAGCUGAGACGAAUGGAUCGGAUUAUCCAACAGAGUGGCGUCAAGUCAUCUGUGAAAACACAGGACUCGAUAGAGACACUAAACACCGAAAACACCGGCAUCCAGCACCUGGACGCCUCUAUUUGCAGGAGAUACCUUACGGAGGUCUGUAAGGAACUAAAAGUCGAUGUCAGUAAUCUCAUUUCGGAGGUGAAAGAUCGAUGCAAACAGGCCGAAUCUGCGGAGAGACUGGAAAAGAUCCUACGUGACAUCACAGCAAUCCUGACCAAUCCCAGGGCACCUCUGGGUUUGCUAAGACAACAGGGGGAGGUUGAACUGGUUGUUCCCACUUUAAAUGUUUGGAGCCAACAACUAAACGCUUUAUCUGAAGUCCAUCGUUCACUUGGCAGGCUGCAGAAGAGGUUGUUGCCAUGGCAGCCAGAAGGCGGCACCACCGCAUCUUCAGAUAGCGUCCGGGUGGAAGAUUUGAUGCUUAUCGUCGACACGCUACUCGAUGAAACGGCAUCAGACGACAAGGUGCUGCGGAGUCCUACCAGACACACGCUGGAAUCGAUGGUCGCUCAUUUUCAGCAGCUUUUCGAUGCCCCCACCCUGACAGGAAUUUAUCCUCGGAUGAAUGAGGUCUACAGCAAACUGGGAGAGAUGAACAACGCCAUGAGGAACCUUCGAGAUGUGCUGAACUUGGAUGACAGAGCACCACCUAGCGAGGUUGUCAACAAAGUCGCUGCUGUUGUGUCUCAGACUAAUAAUGACACGGGUCAGGAACUUUACAACCUUUUGGAAACCACUGAUAUAGAAAGCAUCAUCAUAAAGUUAAAAGAACAUGAAGAAUUUUUCCCAGCGUUUCAUUCAUUCAUACUUGAGCUUCUGCAAACUUUGGAUGUCCAGUCUCUAGACGAUGUUUUACCAACCGUACGCUCGCUCAAGUCGAACUGUCGUGUGAUAAAAGGCUGAUGGUUUAAAGCACCGUGUGGUUUCAGACCUGCUUAAUUUUGUGUGUUUAGGCAAUACUGCAAGUGUUCAUAUUUUAUAAAUAAACUGCAUUACUGCGCACCUUUUCUGAAUCAAAUCGCAUCAACGGUCACAAGAAACCUUUAACAAAGAUUUCCGUAACAUCACAACCAGUUAAAUCUCUCUUACGUUUAAGUGACGAAAAACAGUACAGUUCAUUUUCAGGACAAUGUGCAAAAACGUCAGUCGCCUUCCUCUGAAGCUUUGGAGUGUCCCUGAAGUUUCUCCAUGAUCAGACUGUUGAAAGGCGCGUUAGUGAUGAGCGUCAACACAAACGUCGGCGGCCCCUUUAAGACGUGACGGAUGAGCGUGCAUGACGCCAGGUCCUCGAUGUGAAAGCCGCCGGCGUGGCGGUGAACGUCGUCCUGUAGAAUAGAGUCCUGUGUUUGAUCGCCAAAAAACUGAAAAUAAUGGAGAGAAAGAAGUUCAAUGACCUUUCAAAUACGACUCAAAUACUGAUGUUUCGACAGAGCCGAAGGUACUUACAGCUUUCCCAGACAUGGGAUUGAUGAAAUCUGCCCAGUAUCCUCCUCGCCACAACGUGAAACAGAUUUCUUUAGCGCCACUCACAAACUGCAAUGAAAAGUCAAAGAUAUUGCAUAUAUACAGUACA